AUGCUGCCUACCAAUAAUUCAGCAUCUCUAGAUUAUCAUCCUGAGGAGCAAUCUCUGUUGGAGGAUGCUUCUACUCUUCUGAUGUUUUCUAAAGGUAAUAAUAACAGGUCCCAGGCGCAGCAGCAGCCGCAAGAGCAAGAGCGGCAACGGGAGCUUCCCAAGCGGCGAUCAGCAUCUACUACACCUCCUUCGGUAGAUGAGGGGUCAUCUUUAAGCAUUCCAAAGACUGGGCAUUUCGGGUCUGUGGUUCUGUCGCGCACGGUUUCCAUCAAUCCAUUAGCGUCUCCCGGCCCUGCAGCAGCGACGUUGCUCGAUGAUCCACCGUUGCUGCACGGUAGAGAGCUGGGCAAGGGCCGCCAUUCUAGAACUAACAGUAGUUCGUCUAAUGCAUCCAGUAAAGGUAUGGUUGCAGCAGCUGCAUUGGCAGCAGCUGCAGAGGUACCGUUACCUCUUAAGAGAGCGUCUGAGAGCAAGGAAACACUUGCAGUGAAGCCAGAAGAGCGCACACAUCGGCGUUCUAGUGUAGCCAAGGGGGAGAGCAAGUUGCGGGAAGGUGAUGAUAACAGCUGGCCAGUUUCUGAUUCGUAUAUCGUGGAUCCGGAUGAUGGCAUCAUCACUUGUGUGUGCAAUUAUGACGAUGAUGAUGGAUUUACGAUCCAAUGUGACCACUGUUAUAGAUGGCAGCAUGCCACCUGCUAUGGUAUUCAAGAUGAGAGUGCCGCUCCGGACGAUUUUCUUUGCAAAGUUUGUCACCCAAGGGAUAUAGAUGUAAAGACUGCAAAAAGAAAGCAGCACGAAAGAAUCAAGGGCAACAAAAGGAGGAAACGUGGUGGUACCCAUGUUGAGGAGCGAUUAUCAUCUUCCAAGGAACAACCAAGCACGAGGGGAUCUGGGCCCAUAAAUGGAGAAGAAGCUUCCACCAAUGCUCUGAAUUCUAUUAUGGAAGCAGCUGCUACCACAGAAUAUCCCGCUAGACAAACUUUCAUGAAUGCCAAAGAAGCUUACCCUGCCGUUUAUUUACCUUUAACGACUUACGAUAUCAAGGAUAAAUAUGUGGGGCUGUUUAUUGAAAAGCAUAGUGACGCUGAUUGGAUAAUACCAUACGCUAAUAAGGUUUUCAAGCCACUGCCGCUUGAAAUAAAGGCAUAUUCUGAAUCAUCACACUCACGAGCGUUUUCGGGGUUCCCCAAACUUGGGGUUCAUUUACAGCAGCAAUGUUAUAGUGGGACAUUGAUUGAAGAAUUUCUUGGUGAGGUUGAUUUUCAAAAAAAGUACCUUGAGGACCCUAGGAAUAACUACAGAUUAUUAGGUUCUCCAACACAGAAGGUUUUAUUUCAUUCUCAUUGGCCUUUAUACAUCGAUGCGAGAUUAUGUGGGAAUUUAACGCGAUAUAUACGCAGAUCAUGUGAUCCUAAUGUGGAACUCGCAACGAUCAGAGUGAAAUGUGUGAAUCCUACCAACGUUAAAACGUCCAAUGGUACACAGCAACAGCAGCAUAGUAAUAACAAUGUAAAAUUCGUUCUACGGGCAAUUAGGGAUAUAGAAAAGGGUGAAGAAUUGCACAUUAACUGGGAUUGGGAUUUACGUCAUCCAAUUUGUAAGGUUAUUGAUGGAACACCUGUUGACUCUAUACCUGAACCAGAUAAGUUUUUGCUUAUACAUUCUGUGGACACAGUAUUAAGUAUGGGGGAUUGUGCAUGUGGUGCGAACAACAAGGAUUGCCAUUUGUUCAAAGUUAAGAAGUAUUCUCAAACACUAUACAAAUCUGUGAAAUCAAAAAUGAACAAUAGGUAUAAAUUAAAUGAAAUUCUGCAGAAAGGUAAAGUUCAGAAUAGGCGUCAAACCCCAAUUUUAUCAUCUUUAGCACACGAAGCUAUUACCAAUGCAGCCAGAGCCCACGAAGUUUUAGUAAAAUUUAAUAGGUCCAAACUAAAAUAUUUGGAGGAUCAACAUCGCGCUGGUUGCAAGAAACUCAAAACAGGCGCUACCGUACCCAACUCUAAAGGAACCCUCACAAACUCGAGUCCUCUGCGUUCGACUGAACAACAAACUGGGACUAUGUCCGAUGAAUUCAAACCUUAUAAGUUUCGAUUAUUGGAUAGGUACAUAGAGUCAAAGGAAUCUGCCAAACAUUCAGAUCCAAGUACAACUAUAAUCACUAAUCCAUUUGAAUACAAUGAAUCCAACAUCAGAGACAUGAAGGUAUUAGCGAUACCGGUAGAAGCGCAAAUACCGGUACCCCAGUCGACACCUCAGGUUGUGGAUUACUCUCACUCACCAAAGGAACACAUCGUCGUAUCUUCCUCAGGCUCAAUUCCGGAGGACAGUACUGAUUCCUCCUUAACCAGAAGUAAAAUCAUGAAAUCACCAACAACAUCUACUGCUGCCGCCGCUGCCCUAACUUCAGCUGCCGCUGUAACAUCUAUAGAAGGCGCAGUCAGUAAAAAGGUACCCCCUGGCAAUACCUCUGGAAACCUACCUAGCGCUUCGAACACCAAGAAAAAGCUCAGCUUUGCUGAUUACAAAAAAAAAGUAAAGCCUUCUUAA